AUGGCGCUGUUUUCUGUCAACGUUAGCGUGGAGGCCGUUCCUGGUCUCUGCCUUCCCAUGGAGGCGGAGGUGACCUUAAGCCAAGCGCUGUGGACGCUGGCGCUUCAAUUCAGCGCCUUGGUCGCACUUUUACUCCUCGGUUGGACCUUUUACUAUGACUUCACCAGGACGCAAAUCCCACCGGGAAUCACCCAGGGGGCGAAACUGCGCCUGAUGAAUUUGGCCAUGAGCCUUGUUCUCAGACUGGCCCUGAUUCUGGAGAAACUUGGUGUCUGCCACAAAUACAUCAUAUGGAGGCAACUCAUGAACGGGAUCCCCCCGGGGAGAGCACCUGACCUGACCAUCAAGGAGAUGCUUUUUGAGGCGGUCCCAGUAAGGGUCUAUUGGCCCAGGACAGCAGGUGUCGAGCCCACGCGAGGACUGGUCUGGAUUCACGGUGGAGUGGGCUUCUUUGGCAGCCUCCGAGCUUACGAAAGGUUCUGCCGCUUCAUCGCCUGGGAAAGCACCACGGUGGUCGUGUGCAUCAGAUUCCCCUUGGAACCGGAGCACCCCUACCCAGCUCAGCAACUCAGGUGCUACGCUGCCGUGUCGCACUUUCUGAAGAAUGCGGGGGACUAUGGGGUGGACCCCCAGCGGGUUGUGCUGGCUGGCGACAGCAGCGGAGCUGGCAUCAUUGCUGCCAUUUCCCAGCAGCUGGUGAUGAGAACUGACCUGCCGCGUGCCCGGGGCCACGUGCUGCUCUACCCUUUUCUCCAAGCUCUGGAUUUCAAUCUGCCUUCCUAUCAGCGGAACCACUCCGUUCCCAUAUUAUUUAAGAAACGGGUUAUCCGUCUUGGCAUGCUUUAUCUUACGGGAAGGAAUGUCAAUGUUGAUGAAAUUAUGGGCAAUGCCCACGUUCCCCAGGAACUCAGGGCAAAGUACCGGAAAUGGAUCAGCGCAGAACUCAUUCCGGAGGAGUUCAAAGUCUCGCCUCACGAGCCAUUCGUACCCGGUCCGUUUUCAGAAGAUCUUUACCAAGUUUGCAAAAGAGCAUUUGAAUCCACGUUUUCCCUGCUCCUGAUGGAAGAUGUCAUCCUACGACGGUUUCCGGAGACUUUCCUUCUAACUUGCGAAUACGACAUUUUCCGAGACGAUGGCCUGCUCUACAAGAACCGGCUGGAAGAUAACGGGGUGCCUGUCACCUGGCGUCACCUGAAGGAUGGAUUCCACGGGAUCUGCCUGCUGACCGGUUUGGGGCCCCUGGAGUUUCCCAGUACGAGGAAGAGCAUGAAAAGCAUAAUCCAGUUCCUAGAGCGGUUCUAG